AUGGAGGAAUUAAAGAGGCGGCGAAGCGGCGUCGACUCAUCUGAUGACAGUAGUGAUGAUGGUGAUGAUGAGGGAGAAGGAAAGAGGAAGAAUAUCAAACGAAAGAAGAAGGAAUCGAAUGAUGGGAAGACACAUGCCGGGGAUAUACUUAUUUUUACGCCAGAAUUCAUUGCUUUUAAUAAAGCACAAGAAAGUAAAUUGAAGAAAUUGCGACGAAUGGUGAAGGAGAAGCAGGAAGAAGCAAACUAUUGGAAGGAAUUUAAUGGAAAGCUCUCGCAUCGACUUGAUUUAUUGCGCAAAGAGCAUGAGCAGCAUUGGGUUAUAAAGACGAAGAAACGAUGGGCAAAGUUACUAAUUGGCGCUCUUGCAUAUGUUGCUAUUGAUGAUGAAUACCCGACGGUAGCAAACAUCGACAACUAUAUGGAGAAGCUGAAGAGAUUGGUGACCGAAAAACCGGACGACAAAAAUUUAAUUGCUAUAAGAAUGGCAUUAUCCGAAGUGAAUUUUAACUGA